UCAUGCAUCGUGGUCAGCAGUAUUUGGAGUACUUGACAAGAAAUUUGGUUUCUGACCAUAGUGAACCACCAUAAGAUACAGUUAACAAUACAUUUUAUAAGUUAAUGUGGCACGUAUUCUGCUGAUUGAAAGGAAGUAGUACAGAGUUGUCGGUUUUCCGAUCGGUGAGUUGGUAUUCGUUGUUUAACUUCAGGACUUGUUGCAUUAUAAAGGGGCUCGUGAGACCCUUGCUUUCAUCAGCUAGAUACAUAUAGGUGACCUUUUGCCAUGGGUAAUGCGUGCGUGUCCGGCAAUAUUUCUCCUCCUGAUUACGUUAUCCUCGUCAAGACUGGGGAUGUGAAAGGAGCCGGAACAGACGCUAAUGUCUUCAUCGCUUUGUUUAACAAAGAAGGGAUAAGAUCCCGAGAUAUUCCCUUGAACUCUAAGUGGAAGAAUGACAUGGAGCGGGGAAGUACCGAUCGGUUCCCAGUCACCAAUUUGGCCAACUUUGGUCAAGUCUGUAAAAUUGAGCUUUGGAGAGACACAGAUGGAGCCAUGGACAGCUGGUUCGUCGAAAGAGUUGAGGUGAUUUGUGAGAAGAGUGGAGAGCGAGAAGUAUUCCCCAUCCAUCGAUGGCUCAAAGCUCUGAAGAGGCACACAUUCCUCUGUAAUGACUGUCUAUUGCCUCAGUUUGAUGAGAGAAAACAAGAGCGGAAGGAGGAACUAGAGGAGAAACAGAUGCUGUAUGAAUUGGAAUGCAAGGUGGAAGGUCUCAUACCUCAGGUUAAAACUUUCCCCUCAGACGAAUCAUUUUCAGACGACUACAAGUGGGAUAUUAUAAAGAACAGGACAAAGCUCUUCGUGCACGUCAAACUAAUGGAUGUGAAGACUAAGGAAUGGACAUCUCUGGAGGACAUUGAGAGGGUUUAUAACGACCAACUUCCUGUGCCUUACGGGAUGAAUAAUUGGAGAUCUGAUGUCGAGUUUGGUUCUCAGAGAUUGACUAGCUGUAAUCCCAACCAGAUCAGGCGAUGCACAGAAAUAGUAAAGAACUUGGCAGUCAGUGAUGAGAUGCUGAAACCUCUUCUUGAAGGCUUGACAAUACAAGAAGCUAUUGAUGCCAAGAGAUUGUAUAUUCUGAACUACAAGAUCUUGAAGGAUCUUCCUUGUAGUUAUGGUAGAAAGAUCUGUGCUCCCAUCGGUUUGUUUUUCGUCAACAAGGAAAAGAAUCUUAUGCCUGUCGCUAUCCAACUUUUCCAGGAUCCAGCUGAGGAUAACCCAGUGUUUCUCCCUACCGAUCCCGAAUACACUUGGCUCCUUGCCAAGAUGUGGUUCAACAACGCUGACGCAUCUUACCACCAAUCAGCCACCCAUCUUGGGUUUACACAUCUCAUUGUGGAAUCCAUCGCUGUAGCCACCCACCGUACACUGUCUCCGUCUCAUCCCAUCUUCAGACUUCUGGCUCCACAUUUUCUCUACCUCAUUGCAAUCAAUUAUCGUGCUUUGGGCAAACUGGUGUCAGAAGACGGUUGGGUGGAUCAGUGCAUGAGCAUCGGUCGAAUCGGAAUGUUUGAGAUUAUCGUUAGGACAAAACCUUCCUGGAGACUGGACGUCGAGGGAACACUGCCAGCUGACUUGAAAAACCGUGGAGUUGAUGACUCAGAAGCACUUCCCAACUACCACUUCCGAGACGAUGCCCUCUUGAACUUUGAAGCCAUACAGACGUAUGUGGCGGAGGUUGUUAACGGAACCUACGAUGAUCCAGUUAAGUUGGCAGAAGACAAUGAGAUCCAAGAGUUUGCUGAGACUCUGACAAAGCCAUCAAAUGAGGGCGGUGCAGGAGUACUGGGAGUUCAUGGCAAUGGAAAAUUCACAACAAAUGCAGAGUUAAUAGGAGCUUUGACCGCCAUCAUCUACACGAGCAGCGUGGGUCACGCUGCUGCUAACUUUGCACAGUAUGACGAGUAUGCCUUCCCACCCAAUUACCCUUCGCUCAUGCGCGUUCCUGAACCACCAAGAGAUAAGAGUCCUCGGAGCGAGAAAGACGUGAUUGACUGCCUACCAGAAAAAGAAAAGACACUCAGUAUCAUGUUGGUAACCAAGAUUCUGAGUGAUAGGGGAACCAACAGUCUAGGAGACUUUGAAGUUGAGUACCAGUUUGACCCAAUCGGCAAGAAGGCGGUAGAAUCGUUUAGAAAGGAUCUGCUUCGUGUUGGCGCCAUCAUCGACGAGAGAAAUGCCACUCGUGCAUCGCCCUACUUGUAUCUACAUCCUAAGGAAGUACCCAAUGCUAUAAGCAUUUGAAAGGUGCUUCAGGCAUCCUACACUCAGCAAAUGUCCUAUCCCAACAAUACCGUAAAAAUUAGGCAGAAGAUUAUUAACAUUAUUAACCUUGUUUAACUUGGCGAGUUGACAGAGGGGUGAAUGAGGGGUAAAUAAGUGAAAGUAAAACAAUAUUCGUCAAUAAAGCAAGGUUUCGAUUUGAGUGUUUUGUUUGGUCACCAAAUAAAAAUAUUGAUAUCAUUUUCUAUUUUGGAAGAUUCUUCGGUUCAACGGGUAAAUUUGUCAAAGAUGUAUAAUUUAAAUCCAUCUCUGCUUAAUUGCUUCUAGCCUUAUUAUACCCAUGUCUAGUAAAUGAAAAAUCAACACCGGUAGUUUCCUUGAAGGCGAUAACGGCAAACUUUUUCAAUUGAUAUGUACUGAACAUGCAAUUAACUAGGCAUAUAAUGAGGACUUUUUGACGUACUGUACAUGUAACCGGUAAAAUGUCUGUUUGGAGUUACAGGUUAUUUGUGUAAAUAGUUAAUCCUGCCAAAUGGCUUUGUUUUCCUGUAUGUGUGUGACGCAAUGACUCACUAAUAUGAAUAAUCUACACCAAACAUCCUACCCUGCAGCAUCUGACAAAGUCAAUUGACAAUCUAGAACACUGUGACUUUUUCUUCAUUGAUAUUUCGGGUAUUUUAAUAAAGUCAGAUACUUAAAUUUUACUACAUGUAUUAUACAUGUAUUAGAAAGUGUUAAAGUGAUUGAAUUAACAGCCCCUUCAAAAUCUGUACAUAUUUUGGGAUAUAUAGGGAUCAUGGAUUUUUUUUGUAUAUUGAGAGCAGCACGCAGGCAAAAAUAUUGCUCCAUCCUUUGCUUUAUGUAGGUCUUAUACCUCAGACAAUCAAGGCAAGUGGGCGGGCUAUAUUGGAUAAGUUGGACACACACAACAGAAUGUAAAACACUCAACUAUUUGUACUUAAAUAGUUAUCUUAAUCACAGAAACCAUUAGUUUUUCUUUUAACAAUGCUUUCUUGUGGCAUAAGAUAAUUAAAAUUUGAAACAAAGAAGGCAGACCGGCGAGUAUGCAGAAUGUUAAAUUCUACCAUAAAGAAAUACGCCAAACAUUGACUCUCAAACGAAUAACUACGAUUGGAGUGAUUUUCUGGACAAAACGAUAGCCACCGUUCAUGUGAUUGAGGGGCACCAGUUUAUUCAAAAAAUUUUCUUUGCUGAAAAUAUUUCCUCCAGUUAAUAUUUCUUGCAAGUAAAAGGAAAAAGCUACAAAAAUAUAACGCGUUUUACCCCAAAAUUACCAUACCUUAAACACUGGAAAUUGACAUACAUUGCGCACGUUGUCAUUUACUACGCUUUCCAAAACAACUUGUUUUGUAUAGAUUGGGUGAAACAAUGUACAAUAAAAUGGCAGUGAACCUCAAAGU